AUGACAGACGACGACGAUCAGGCGACCGGCUGGGACUUCGAAGCGUUCAAGAAGGACUACCUGGCGAGGAGAUGCAGCCUGACACUUCUGACGCCCGUGCAUGCCCCAGGCGGAACAAUCAAGAUCGACGAGGCGCGCUGCCUGGAAAACCUCCCCGACAACCGCACCUCGACGGGACACGACCCCGCCCUCCGGCGCGAAGCCAAGAACACCCCGACGGAAGAAGGCAUCACGGCCCCCAAAAAGCCACUGCCGCGCCAGCCACGAUGGACGGCCGACGACGAGAGAGCCCUGGAUCGUGCUUUCCAGCGAGCAGAGGCACCGGAGAGAAGCUACACCCCAAAGGCGCACAACACCUCCCCCGGCAAGCGUCUAGUCCCACUGUGUGCACAGGCCGACAGAGCCGCCGAGGCAACACCGCCAAGAAACGAAGCCGUGGAAGCGGCAAAGCUCGCAAGGAAUGCCGCUGAACCAUCUCACGAAGGACCGGCCGCGCGACGAGGGGGGGCCGAGGCGGGCUCCGACCACGACACGGAGCCCGGACCCAGCGUCGAGGAGCACUUUCGGGGCACGCUGGCCAUCAAGAAGAUGUCAGGCGACGGCAACUGCCUCUUCCACGCGCUCGGAGAGAACACCGGCGAGAGCGGGGCAUGCCUCCGAGCCCUAAUCAUCCAGUACCUCAGAGAGAACGCAGAAGCCGAAGAAGACGAAGAGCAAGUGCAGGCCUGGCUACAGGAAAGCCAAUACCUCCAAAGCGAUCCGGGUCACUGGGGCGGCGACACGGCCAUCAUCGCUUUCACCCGCAUGAGGCAGCAGCGAGUCCUUUUGCACUGGCGGACGCCAAACGGCGACAUCCUCACGAGCGAGCGCACGCACUCGGACGUGGACGAAGCAGCCCAACGCGGGCCGCACGCAGCACCGAACGCCACGGAAGUGAUCCAUCUCUGGUACAACGGCAGGGACCACUACGACCUGCUGGUGCCCAUAGACCGAGCACCGCCACCAGCACCACCACUGCCACCACCACCACCACCACCACCACCACCCCACCCGAUUCCGCGCCCAGCCAAGCGCAGAAGAACCGCCGCCGGCGGAGAGGAGGCCCAUCAACAGGCCCAGGCGCGCAAGACGCCGUCGAAGCCGGCGACACGACCGCCCGAGCCAGAGGCACAGGACGAGCCCAACCUCCUGGAAGAGCUCACCAGCAUGCCCGUGGCGCCGGACAGCAGCCACCCCCGGCGGAAACUGGAAGAGGCUCUCCGGCACCUCGCACACACCCAGCUGCGAGCCCAGCCGCUGAUACCGCCCGGAGCCAGGCCCGAAGACCUCGACCGUGGGGAACCCUGGCCAGGACAGUUCUGCGCCUUCCAGAGCUGCAACUGGUCAUUGCUUACGGGCACCGAGCAAGAGCUUCGAGAGCACGUCCAGCAAGAGCACGCAACAGCACUGCAGAGCGUCGCACAGCACCUACCCAAGCCAAUCCCGGCCGAUGCACUGGCCAGCGUCUACAACGAAGCCAUAGCCCUGCGGUGCAGAGAGGCCGCACCCGUGGCAGGAAGCUCGCGGGACAGAAGCGCGCUGCGGAGCUUCGCCGAAGCCACCAGCAAAGACAGGGUGGAAGCGAUCAUUUGCUUCUGCUGCGCAUGCAUCCACACACGCGUGGCCGACGCCGAGGCCGCGGGCCCCAUCCGCUGGCGCAGGCUCAUCCAGGGUCCCCCCAGCAACGACAGGACCCACGCCGAGACAACCGAACGUCUGCACGACAUCCUGAGCAUCGACAAGUACCUGGGGCUCUACGACGACCUGGCCGGGGACGUCAAGCUCACCGACGUGGCCGAGCUGAACGAGUGGACCGUGACCAUCCCCGGGCUCGGCGACAUACUCUGCUGCCCAGAAGACCACCGCUGCCACGCCAAUCCCCAGCACCCAAGCCAGCACACGCUCUGCGAGCACUGCGAGGUGCCCCUCUGCCGCGACUGCGCGCAACACUUGGACAACGGCCAGCUGCCGCCCCUGAGCUUGUGCAAUGACAUGUGGACAGGCUACUCCCCGGCGCGCCUGCACGCAGAGAAGGUCACAGUGAUGGAAAUGAUCUGCGCAAGCCCCUGCGUGACGACCCUGGUGUGCAUGUCCAUGGAAGCGCGGCACCGCAGCGAAGGGACCACCUUAGACGAAAAAGCCCAGAACGCCCGUCACCGCCUGGGCGCGCGCGGCAACGCCCUCACCUUUCCCCUCCCAUGGGAAGACCUCCUGCGCAACCUAGAGGCACACCACGCAGAAGUUGCGGAGCAGGACCAAGCGGGAGCGGCAGCACCCCCCAGCCUGCCGCGCACAGGCAAGGCGCUCGCCGAGGUCGCGAGGGUGCUCCUCAAGACGAACAAAACGGGCAAGACGAGCGAGACCGAGAUCAAGACGCUGCUCCACCAGGCCACCGUGCGGAGAGACGUAGUCGUGAACCUCAUCCACGACAUGCAGCGCCUCGGGCAUCCCGCGUUCCAGCACCUGCGCAUGGCGGAUGUGCGGGAGGCAGCAUCACAGCUGCCAGAGGGCGGCGUGCCGCCGGAAGUACUCAAGAUCAUUUCCGGCCUGAGCGAGGACGACGAGACCGCCCACAAGCUGCAGCCGCAGAAGGCCGCCGCCCCGACGGACGCGCCGGAGCAGGACAUGCAGCGGGCCGGCGCCAUCUUCGCCGACCAGCGAGCCCGGGCCGUCGUGCCGGAAGGCUGCAGCACGGACCGCGAGGACCAGAACGCCGUGGCCACGGCCGCACUCAACGACCUCCAAACCCAGCUCCGCAGCAACGAAGAGAACGAGAAGGUCCUCGAGACCAUGGAGGUGCGCACCGGCAACAUCUUGGUGGACCAGUUCCAGCCGCUCUACUUCGCCACGGCCUUCAGCUUCUGCUUCGCCCACGGCACCGCCUGUCCGGACGUCCAGAACAGCAACAGCACAGCAAGCAACCGGGCGUCAGCGCAAGGACGCCGCCGAGACAAGAACCCGGAGGCCCCCCAAGUGCAGAUCUUCGAAUGGGCAACAGCCAUGCAGCGCCGGGCAGAAACCCAAUUCAGGCGAGACUGGAGCUUCGGCUUCACCCUCUGGAACUACCUCUUCAGGACCAUGGUGAACACCCAGGGGAACGCCUUCAUCUACAGCGUCGCCGACGAGAACCACGAGAGCAGGGCCCUGACCACCAAGGAGAUCCUGGAGGGGCAAAAGCAGAUCCAGCAAAAGCUCCUCAGAGGCCAGUACCUCGACAUCAACAACCAGCUGAAGCCCAUCAACGGAGACCUCACCAAACUACGCUUCGUCCCAGGGCUCUCAGAAGCAGCCCUGAAGGCUCGAAGCUCGUGCAAAGAAAAUCCUAUAAAGCACGGACCCACCCGCAGUGCAAGCCUCCCAUCCUUCGCCGCCUGA